AUGUCAGAUUAUUCGGAGGGUGAAAAAACCGUUGAAAUCUCAGUAAUUGAUUCGCAAUAUAAAGAUAAACGAUCACAAAAAGCUUUGGUAUAUGAUUUUGAUGAAGAAUUGGAUAAGAUUAAAAUAACGAUACUUGAAAUAGAGAAACAUCGUAAACUUCAUUUAUUAAAUGAUGAUGUCAAAUUAUAUGAUGAAAUUUGUUUAUGGAAAGGGUCUAAUCCAGAAGCGUCACUUGCAACAGCAAUUGAAAAUUUUGCAAAAUUUAAGACAGCGGACGCAAUUGCAAAAGUGAUUUACAAUUAUGAAUUUCCCGAUUUCAUAAUCAAAUUUAAUGAAAAAGGAGAUAAAGUAACCAAGAGAGAGAUUAAUCAGCUUAAACGAUUAAAUUUUGAAAAAUUACUACUUCGUGCCGGAUUAAUUCUUGAAUUCGAAUUAGAUUCAGAUCGUGUUUUCACUUAUAUAAAAGUUAUUGCACCUUUUGAAAAAUUAUGCAACCAAGCGGAAAAACAAAAACUUAAAAUGGCAAUAACUACUAAGAUAACGAAGUUUCCCAAGCGAAGAUUCAAUUUAUUUUCUUCGAUCGCAUAUAUGUUUGUUUAUAAAGUGGACCUUAACAAAAAAUCUGCCGUUUUUAAAAAAGAUCGUUUACAAUCUUUUGAAGGUAGUGAUCCUUCUAAAACUGAAGGUGAAAUUAGAUUAAAUUUCUUUAAUUCGGCAAGACGAAUUUUAAUGGUUCAUAAUAUAAUAAAUUGCGCAGCUCAAAUUAAUCAUCAAGUAAACGUAGAUGGAAAACUUGUCACAGUUAGGAGAACAAUAAAAUCAUUAGCAAUUGAAACUUUAUUACAUAAAAAAGUUUUCCGUGAUUUUUAUUCAUUACACGAUGGUCCAAUUAAAUCUAAAUUACCUUUCAAUCAAAUGAAUUUAAGAGCAAAGUUGGAUCAAAAAUGGGUUAAAUCAAAAAUCAGACCUCAGCCUUUAAAAGAAAUUCGCAAUUACUUUGGUGAAAAAUUGGCUUUAUAUUUUGCUUGGCUAGGAUUUUAUACAUCGUGGUUAUCGAUAGCAACGUUCGGGGGCUUCAUUGUGGUCUUAUACGGACUAGUUGAAAUAUUAAGACACGAAACGUUGAAUGAUGGAAUUGGGGGAUUUUCAAUUUUAUAUGACAAUGUACUUACAGUUCCGUACGCGUUUAUCAUGGCAGUUUGGGCCACGUUCUUUUUAGAGUACUGGAAAAGGACCAAUGCUGCAAUUCAGCAUGAAUGGGAUUGUUUUGAAUUUGAAAAAGAAGAACUUCCGAGACCAAAAUUUUAUGGAACAGUCCUUGUGAAAUCACCAAUUACGAUGAAAGAUGAAAUUGAAUUUCCGUUCUCAGCAAAAUUCAAAAGAUACCUUGUAUCAGUUGUAGUAAUCUUAAUUUGUAUGUUGGUAGUCUUGAUUUCCGUAGGAUUUUUCAUAAUUUACCCAAAACUAUGGAUUGAAGAUGAUGUCUUGGCAUUUUUCGCGUCAAGUGUCGCUAAUUUAAUAUCUAUUAUCAUAUUAAAUACGUUAUAUUCUUACGUAGCAGUAUGGUUAACGGAUCUUGAAAAUCAUCGAACCGAAACCGAAUAUGAAGACGCAUUAAUUCUAAAGACAUUUAUUUUUGAAUUUGUAAAUAAUUACGCGGCAUUAUUUUAUAUUUUUAUAUUUAAGCAAGGAUUGUUGAAAACUAUUAUUCAUAGUAAUAGCAUACGAUCACAGUGUGAUUAUGAUAAUUGUAUGACGGACUUAUCUAUACAACUUGCAAUUAUUUUCGUCGGAAGACAAGCAUGGGCGCAAUUCACGGAAAUAUUUAUUCCAUGGAUGAGACUUAAAUACAAUAAGAAGAAAAAUCAAGAAGAGCUGAAAGAAUUACAAAAAAAAUACGCUGCAUCAAGCCAUUCUAAUAUACCACAAUGGGUGACGGAUGAGAAAUUAUUAAAAACGGACUCAGUACAAGUAGAGUAUACCGAAUUGAUACUACAAUUUGGUUUCCUUACAUUAUUCGGUUCCGCAUUUCCCCUGGCAUCAUUAUUCGCUUUUUUAAAUAAUAUUUCGGAAAUUAGAUCCGACGCAUUUAAGUAUAUACAUUUAUCGAGAAGACCAUUUUGUGGCCAAGCACAGGAUUUAGGAACUUGGGAGCCAAUCUUACAAUUGAUUUCCCUAAUAUCAGUAUUAACAAAUGCGAUAAUAAUUGCAUUUUAUUCAACUUGGAUGACUGACAAAUUUGAAAAACAUCUUGGUCAAAAUAAUCCCGAUAGGUUAUUAGUCGCUCGACUAACUUUCAUCAUUCUAUUCGAACACCUUGUAUUUGGAAUUAAAACAAUAUUUACAUAUAUUAUACCAGAUGUACCAAAAGAAGUACGAAUAGCUAUUGAAAGAGAACAAUAUAAUAUUAAGUUACAAUUAAAAGACAAAUCUCCGGUAUUAGAUGAAAUUUUUGUUACUAAAAAAACAUAA